UGUCCCAAGGUAAAGGUCUGGUUCCAGAACCGACGCACCAAGCAGAAGAAAGAUCAGAGCAGAGACCUGGAGAAGCGGGCAUCCUCCUCGGCCUCUGAGGCCUUCGCCACCUCCAAUAUUCUGCGACUUCUGGAACAAGGCCGACUGCUCCCUGUGCCCAGGGCCCCCAGCCUCCUGACACUGACCCCUGGCCUGCCAAGCCUACCGGCUGGCCACAAGAGCACCUCCUUGGGUGACCCCAGGAACUCUUCCCCACGUGUCAACCCGCUGCCCUCAGCCUCGGCGUCCCCUCCAGUGCCACCCCCUCUACCAGCCAUCUGCUUUUCCAUGGCCCCACUGCUGGACCUGCCUGCCAGCUAUGAACUGGGUUCCUCAGCCUUUGCGCCCUAUAGCCGGCUAGAACGGAAAGUAGGCAGCCCUGGCCGGAGCAACAAAAAAGCUAACACUUAA